GAGCAGCGGCAGCAGCCGAUGAGCACCGAGUGACGAAGUCCUCUUACGCAUUCGUUUCGUCCUCGCUUCAAGCGAUGCGCUUAUAGCUGCUUUGCCACGCUGUACUGAAGGGGGCCAGACCGCCGCAAGCGGACACACCACAGCCUCUCCUUGCAGGCGCAUUCAAGGGACGGUUGGGGCAAUUGGCAGCGUUGCGAGCGGCGCCCCAGAGCCAUGACGUAGCCAACGAUGAGUACCAUGAAGUGCGUCUGUCAGGAGUGCGGCUGUGUGUGUGAAAGCUGCGUGAGCGGCAGCAACAGCCUGCACCUCCACCAGGAGAUCGAGGCUCUGAAGCGGCAGCUCCUGGAGCGUGACUGUCACAUUGUGCGCAUGGAGACACAGGUUUUGGAGGGUCCCCCGCAGGGCAGGCCUCCAGAGCCCCCCAACGCCCCCUGUCGCCAGGACGCCUGCCAGGACAGGUGGCAGCGGCUUCAGGACGGAUACCGUAAGCUUCAGAAGGUGAACCAGGGCCUGGAGGACAAGCUGUUACGGGUGGUUGACCGCUGCGAGACGGAAAAGAAUGCGCUCAGCCGCGACCUCCAGGAGCUGACUGCACGACUCGUUGACGCACAGCUGGCUCUGGCACAACUGCGUGAGGAGAAUGAACAGUACCGGAACGAUUGCAACGUGGCUGUGCAGCUGUUGCAAUGCAAGCCUUCCAGCUUCGUAGCCUCCAAGUACAGUACGCUUCCCAACGAGCUCCAGGAGAAAGUUCGAAGCCACUUGGGUAGCCGGGCACAGCGAACUCCACCGGAGGCGCGGGUGAUCCGGGUGCCCAUGCCCACAUUCCCACCCACCGCCAUGGUGUACUCGGUGUCGCCCGAAGAGACGACACCCCCGCAGCAGCAGGAUGGCAACGGCCCCCUGCCCGACUACAUCAGUGCAGCCGUCAUGGCCAAGGUACUCGAAGAGCGUGCUCGUGAGAGGCGACGGUCUCAUCCUUCCAAGGGCACGCAGGCGUCCCUGUGCUGCAGUCGGUCCUCCAGUCAAUACUGCGCUGGCGAUGGCAGUACAGUACAACGCACCACAGAGACACUCAUUUGAAAAAAAAAAGAACUUUCCAAACCAUGCAAAAAAAAAAAAAAAACCUGUGUUGAAACUAGUAUCAUGCUAUUUAUUUGCCAGAAUAAAAGUGCACGGAGCCUUUCCUGC